AUGUACAAGACGGGCGACUAUGCUAACUGGGAUAGCGCCUUUAGAGAGACCAGCAUUAACCGCAAAGAUCAGCAAAUCAAGCUGCACAGCUUCCGGUUUAACCUCGACGACUUGGAAGCGCGAAGUCUCAAAGCCAUCCCUGAAUGUGGAGGUGCUGCUAUGCUCUUUCGUGACGACCAUCUACUGGCAGAGUACCAUAUACCCAGCACGUCAAGAAGUGCAUUAGACGAGUUAGAUAUCAAGACAUUCGUUGGCGAUGCUCUUAUCCCCUCACGCAAGGCCCCGGAGAAUCCUUGUGCUGCCGGAAAUCUCUCUUACGGCGGCAGACAAACUGGAUUAUAA